AUGGCAGAGGACGACAUCCUCGAAGGGACGGUCGGCCCACCAGAUCCGCCGUCACACAGCACACCUACACCCAAUACCGACGAGCCAAACCUCACUCCGGAUACCUCCCGCGCUUCCCGCAAGAAAAGGAAGAGGAAGAGCAAAGCACACAGCCCAUCCAAGACGAACGGCGGCAAUGAUACCGAGAGGCCAGCAACUCCCCAGCCGCACGAAGGAGAAGAAAAGCCACCACCACCGCAGCCGCCCCCCUCGCCCGUCUCGCACGGUCAGCCGGACCCGCCUCGCCCGCCUCUCGGCAAACUCCAGGGCAAAGUCGUCGUCCUCAAGGACAGGGCCGAAGCCCUACGCUUCGCGGAAAAGUACAGCAACCGCCGCGACGACGGCGACGACGACGAGGACGAACCGAAAGCCGCCAGCAUCCUCCCGCUCUUCACCGACGGGUCGGCGUCGCACCAGGUCAACGACGCCAACGACCACUACUGCAGCGCCGCCGUCGUGCACCGCGCGCACCCGCAGAGCGACGACUGGCUCGAGCACGGCUUCUCGCUGCUCGUAACCAAGCACAGCCUGAACGCCGAAGUCUUCGGGCUGGGCCGGGCCCUGCGGGAAGGCAAGGCAUACAUCGCACUGCACCCGGAGAUGCAGAUACACACUUUGUACAUCUUCACCGACCUGAUGACGUUCCUGAAGUCGAUCUGGAAGAUCGAGGCUGGGAUCUGGGACGUCGUGGAUCGCGGGUACUUGGAGGAGUUUCUGGCGCUCGACGCGGAGCUCGCGGAGGCGGGCAUCCACGUCGAGUAUCAUUGGGUCCCGAGCCAUAACGGCGUCGAGGGCAACUGCAGGGCGGAUAAGGCGGCGAAGAGGCACCGGCCUGAUGUCCUGUACCCCCACCUCUUCAGGACGCAGGCGCGUGCGACUAGCAAGCAGCAGAAGCACAAGGCGCUGGCGAACAAGGUGAAGAAGAGGAAGAACGAUGAAAAGGAGAGUGCGGGAGUUUCCAAGAAAGGCAACAAGAGGGCACGAGUAGACUCCCAAGAGUAG